AUGCUUGCAUCAGCGAUUUUACGCACGAUGCCAGCCCGCGGCUUGAAUGUUACCCGUGUGGCCAUGCCUGCUGCUUUUCUCAGGUCGAAUUUGGCCCACGCCAAGAGAUUCUAUGCCGAAAAGAAGGAUGAGAAACCUCAAAGUAUCUUAGACGACGAUAUGUUGGCCCGUGCUGGAUUCGAGGAUCAGCCAAAGAACGAAGAGGGGGGCGAGCAGGACGGAGACAAGGAAAGAGCCAGCCGUCGUAAGAAGAGAGCUCAAACUUCCAAAGAUAUCCAGAGAGAAAGAUACGCCAACUGGUUCUACACAGCAACUUUGUUUGGAACAUUUGCUGGUGUUGGUUACAUGUCUAGAGACUGGGAUUCUGAGGAGGAGCAAAAACGUUUGGAAGCUACUGAUAUCGACAACGGUUACACCCCUCAGUUGAUGUACAACAGACUCAACAAGAGAGUUGGAUCUUUGUUCAACUUCUUCAGCGAGCCAGCUUUCGAGAACUUGUUGCCUCCUCCACCUCCAGAAGCAUACCGUCGUCCUUUGACCUUGGUGUUGACCUUGGACGAUCUUUUGAUCCACUCUCAAUGGGACACCAAGCACGGAUGGAGAACUGCUAAGAGACCAGGUUUAGACUACUUUUUGGGUUACCUCUCGCAGUAUUACGAGAUUGUGAUUUUCGGCUCUAACUAUCAAAUGUACUCCGACAAAACCGUGGCUAAGUUAGACCCUUUGAGAGCUUACAUCCAGUACGCUUUGUUUAGAGAGGCUUGCCGUUACAAGGACGGGAAGUUGAUCAAGGACUUGAACUUGUUGAACCGUGAUAUGAAUAAGUUGGUUGCUGUGGAUGUGAAUGACGAUGCAAUGUCCAUGAACCCAGACAACGCCAUUAUCUUGAAGCCUUGGGAUGGUACUCCAGACGACACAUUGGUGAGAUUGAUUCCAUUGUUGGAGUACUUGGCCACGCAGCCUAUCAAGGAUGUGCGUCCUAUCUUGAAGUCUUUCGACAAGGACAGAAUCUUAGAUGAGUACGAUGAGAGAGAGGCCAAGUUGCGUAAGCAGUGGGCCCUUGAUAACAAGGAUCUGUUGAACAGAGUGAACAAGCCUAACGCAGGAAACUUGAUCGCAUCCUUAUUAGGUAUUCCUCAAUCUUCUGUUAACAAGGAGCCUAAGAUGCCAUUGGAUCUUAUCAGAGAGCAUGGCCAGAUGCAAUACGAGAAUUUGCAGAAGUAUUUGAAGGAGAACGAGGCCAAGUUCUUGGAGGAGGAGCGUAAGAUGAAGGAGGAGUAUGGAAAGGUGACUUUGAAUAAGUUAAUGACUGAGGGUGUGCCCAACGCAGAGGAUAUUGCUAAGGCCCAGGCCGAAAAGCUCAGCCAGGAGGCCACAGCUGGCAAAUAA